UCUGUCGCUCUCUCCUCUGAGGGGAUGGAGUAGAGGUGUGACAGAUGGAGGGAGAGAGGAAGGGAUGGCCCUGUUUGUUCCUGGAGAGGUUGAUCUGAAUCGCUCCAGUGAGAUCCCCCUUGACAUUGACCUGAGCUCCGGUGGGCCCCUGUGACCCUCCUCUGCCCUUCCCCCCUCUCUCACACACCUCCCUCUCUCCCCUUCCCCCCUCUCUCACACACCUCCCUCUCCAAGCACAGGGGUUGCUUUUAUAUUCUCUAUUUUUUUCCUCUCUCCUUUUGUUUUUUCUCACUCCGACUCUCCAUUUCGCCUUGGUCCCCGCAGAGCAUCCUUUCAUGUGUUUCAAGUGGAGUGUACGAAAAAUGAAAGUGUGUGUGUGAAGUGGGCGAGAAGAAGCAGAAUGUGUGUGUGUGUGUGUGUGUGUGUGUAAGGUGUUAUUUCGGGAGGCUCUCCUUGGACCUGACGGGGAGGGGGGAGGGAGGCAGUGGAAGUGGCCAGGGGUGCUCCCCCGUCCGCUUUUCUCUCUCUGUUAUGACGAAAGGAUUGAAAAGAAAGGAAAGAGGGGUUGGAGGAGGUCGACAUGGAAGACUAAAGAGGAGGGCUUUGUUUUGUCUCCUGUACUUCUGUCCGUUGCUCUCCUAGCAGGGCUGCAGUGUCAUUAAGAUCGGCAUGGUAGGAACACAUCUUGAAAUGCCCAUAGUUAAAAGCCUGGGAGAAAUUCAUCCGGCUUUUGUCUUUCCAUAUAACAUCUACUUGUUUAUACCAUUGGCUUUGGAAAUAGGCAGACUGACUUGUAUCCCAAAUGGUACCCUAUUCCCUAUAUACUUCCUUAGUUACUUAUUUUCAAAAGUAGUGCAUUAUGUAUGGAAUACGGUGCCAGUCCCCAAUCCAUCAUGAGCUUGGCUGGGCCGUAUCACGGGAAUAACAGGACUAAUUUUACAUUCUCCCUUGGAGGAAAUUCCAGUUUAACGGAUGGGAUUUCUGCAUAAUUCCGAGAAGAUAAGGAGGACAAACAAGCAGGAUGGGUCCAGAGUGGGACCUCCCAAAAUAACUGUGUGUGUGUGUGUGUGUGUUUGUGUGUGUGUGUGUGUGUGUGUGUCUAGGGCUGUUGCCGUGACCGUAUUACCGCCACACCGGCGGUCACGAGUCAUGAAGCCGGUCAAGUUCCACAUGACCGUUUAGUCACGGUAACUAGGUUUCUCCAAGCUCUGCUGCUGCUGAUGGUCAUUCGGAUGGGGCCACAGUGUCUCCGGACCGCUCCUGUCUCAGCCUCCAGUAUUUAUGCUGCAGUAGUUUAUGUGUCGGGGGGCUGGGGUUAGUUGGUUAUACCUGGAGUACUUCUCCUGUCUUAUCCAGUGUCCUGUGUGAAUUUAAGUAUGCUCUCUCUAAUUCUCUCGUUCUCUCUUUCUCUCUGAGAACCUGAGCCCUAGGACCAUACGUCAGGACUACCGGGCAUGAUGACACCUUGCUGUCCCCAGUCCGCCUGGCCUUGCUGCUAUUCCAGUUUCAACUGUUCUGCCUGCGGCUACGAAACCCCUACCUGUCCCAGACCUGCUGUUUUCAACUCUUAAUGAUCGGCUAUGAAAAGCCAACUGAGAGACCUGAGCCCUAGGACCAUACGCCGGGACUACCGGCCGUGGUGACUCCUUGCUGUCCCCAGUCCGCCUGGCCUUGCUGCUAUUCCAGUUUCAACUGUUCUGCCUGCGGUUAUGGAACCCCUACCUGUCCCAGACCUGCUGUUUUCAACUCUUAAUGAUCGGCUAUGAAAAGCCAACUGAGAUUUAUUCCUGAUUAUUAUUUGACCAUGCUUGUCACUUAUGAACAGUUUUGAACAUCUUGGCAUGGUUCUGUUAUAAUCUCCACCCGGCACAGCCAGAAGAGGACUGGCCACCCCUCAUAGCCUGGUUCCUCUCUAGGUUUCUUCCUAGGUUUUGCCUUUCUAGGGAGUUUUUCCUAGCCACCGUGCUUCUACACGUGCUUCUACACCUGCAUUACUAGCUGUUUGGGGUUUUAGGCUGGGUUUCUGUACAGCACUUCGAGAUAUUAGCUGAUGUAAGAAGGGCUAUAUAAAAUAAAAUUGAUUGAUUGAGUAGCCUACCAAACUUGCUAACUGCCUGGUACUCAGCACUCCAUUGUCCCUCUAAUCACUCUGACAUCAAUGGAAAUGUUUUCGAAAAUCGAAUCAAACACUUAAUGAGAGCCCAUGAUGUUGCGCAACAUUUCUAUAGGCUAUGCAAUUGCGGGAGAAAACAGAGUAAUGGCCGCUAAUAAAAAGAGGAAGAUCCCAUCAGCUUUCUAUAGGCUAGACCUACUAUAUUUAUUUCUCAACUUUCCUAAUAUUAAGCACAUUGCUUAUAUUUACAACACGAGUAUAGUCUACCUGGCUGGCAUGAAAAUAAACCACGGGGAAAAGCGUCCUCCAUUCGCUAUUUAAGUGCAUAUAUGACAUGUAUUUUUUCCCGCUGCCCCUGUUUAGAUACAGGUGCAUGAUAAUGGUCCAUUCUACAUCAAAACAAAUGUCAUACACAUAUUAUUUAGUAUAUGUAAAGACAAGAUUAAAUCAAGAAUAGUCUGAUGGGUGACAAUAUCAGCCUAUCAUUUGUGAAUGAUAUAUUAUCACUUGUGAAUGAUGCCCAGCAUAAGAAACAAUGCCUUUUUUUGGUACCUUUUCUAAUCAUAGUCACACACCUCAUGUAGCCUAGCCCAUAGGCCUAUAUGUUUUCAUAAGGUUUGUAUCACAACUAAAGUGGCCAAAUAACUUCUUAAAAUUAAGCACAUUAAUCCGCUUUACAAGGGGUGUAGAGCCUAACUGGGAUAUAUAAGUAGCGCAUGAGUUUCAAGUUUGGGGAAGAUCAUUUUCACCAUAAAAAUGCACCUUUAUAAUAAAAGCAUUACAUGCCUAAUUGUAUUUGCGGUCACUUUUGAUAAUGGUGUUUCCUGCUAAUGGAACAUUCGCGCUUAUAGCCUACUACCUUGUGCACAUUGCUGUGCUUAUAAUGUGAAGAAAUAGCCUAAUAGUUUAUCAACAUUUUAAGCUAAACGUUCUGAUCUGUUGCGUCAGCCACAUUGCAUAAAAAAGGUAUUUUGAUGCUAGUCGUUGAAUUAAUUUGUGAUCUAUCGCAUCCCACAACUGUCCCAGACCAUGUUUGGAAUAUUUAUUUCUCGCACAGAAUAGAAUAGGUCGACUUUUGUACUAUGGGGGAUAGUAGAUUGACAUAGGCUAGUGCUUUUGCUGUUCGUUAGGCCUACUCAUCUGGUUGGCUGACGAAAAGUAAAUGUGGACAGUUCUUCCAAUAUCUUCAAUAUGCAGCGCGGAAUUGGAUAAGGACGCACACAGUUGCAUCCCCGAUGUGUCUGUCUUCACUUGUAGCCUGUGAGAAAGACCUGAUCACGUGACGGAGAGCCAUGUGAGUGAGAGGCGCUUCGGAUUGCACAGCACACUAAGGGAGAAGGGCACAACGCUGCACUCUGGGCCGCAAAAGGCAAGGAUGUUUUUAGGGUGCAUUACGGCCACAAAAGGGAUGCCGCCGUGACAUUCGAGGCAUUAUCAAGUGCUUGUCAAAUUGUGAAUGUGAGACAAUUGGAGUGUAUACAGCCUGCGCAAAAAACUAAGCUGAGCUCAUGCCUUUCAAUCAACUUCUUUCAAAUCAAAUUAAAGUCUCAUCAUUCAGCCUUACAAUGUAUUAAAAAUCCAAACAUAUAGCCCAACGUUUGUAGAACAACUAAAGUGACAUUAAUAACUCUAAAUGAAUCAUAUAGGAGUACCUAUUUCUUUGUUAACCGCUCAACACAGAAUAGCCGCAUGUGCGCACUCCCUCAAAUCGUUUGGAGAAAAUUCAUAUUUUAUUCAGCUUUGUUCAAUUGUAUUCUUCAUACUAUAAAAUAACAUAAAAUAAUUCCACGGAAUUCUAAGCAAAUCUGCUAAAUGAACUAGUGUAGCCCACAGCCAUUUGGCAUAGCCACAUCAGGACCUAACAUAAGGACAACUCAGAGUAUGCUAUUUUGUUCUUCUGAAAUAGAUUACAUUUUCUUCCUAUCAUGCUUCUUUAGACCUGUCUAAAAUAAAUAAUGGCUUUAUUGUGAAGGUGUAGGCUAUAUUACAUGGAUUUAUUUGACUUUUUUAAAAUGGCUUGUAGGCUAUGUGUGGAAGCCAGGAGAUGCUAAAUGUGUUUAUGGUAAUUAAAGGUCAAUUACCGUGAGACCGACAGUUAUUUGCUUGACAAUCACCGGCUGACGAAAUUUCGUGACCGCCACAGCCCUAUGUGUGUGAGAGCUGGGACGAUAAACCAAAAAUUUGCAACACCGACCAUACCGAUAAUUUAUUCCAGGCAUUUUGCUGAUAUCUUUCAAUACGAUAAGUACCCUAUGCUAGAGAAAUGUGAAGUUGGAAAAGAAAUAAGUUUGCUAAUAUCGGUGAUUGUUAAUGGGACAACCAUCAAACUAGUGGUAGUAGUUUAAAGUAGGGGCGCAACUUUCAUUGGGGACGGGGACAUGUCCCCCCCACAUUCUGAAAUUGCAUUUUCGUCCCCCCCAGUUUUAUCAUUGAAAUGUGAUACAAAAUGAAGGAAUGGUGUGCUUUAGGACCAUGCAGACACCUCCGAGCGGUCACGUAGGCUGUUUGGAGUGUUUAUCCGACUGGAUAUAUAUAUAUAUUUUUAAGUGAUGUCCCCCCCACUUCUAAAACCAAAGUUGCGCCCUUGGUUUAAAGGAUAAUAAAAAAAACUGUGGUGCACAUUAAUGUUAUAAACGUAUCAUUCUAUUUAUCGUUAUCGCAUCAAUUCAGGCAAUUUAUCUCGAUAUGGAUUGUUGUCCAUAUCACCCAGCCCUAGUGUGUGUGUGUGUGUGUGUGUGUAUGUAUGCGUGUGUUUGUGCAUGUGUGUGUGUGUGUGUGGGGGGGGGGGUCUCUGUCUGUCCAUCUAUUUGUCUGUUUGCCUAUCUUGCUCUUCCUCUCUGUCUGUCUCUCCGUUGUCUGUCUCUCCAUUUCUAUACUCCCUUAUCCCCUCUUCCCCUCCUCCCCCCCUCUCGGUCCAUUGUGUAGUUGUGGUGGGCUGCUUCCCCUUUGGAGGUCAUAGCCCUUCUUUACCCUACAUGAAAGAGAAUAAUGGAGAGCGAGAGAGACACACCACCAACUAUACUUACCUUGGUCUGACUAGAAUUUAAUCUGGGCGGUUUGACAUGGCCAUAACGUCUCUAACAGAUAAAGCACACGGAGCAUAUUUUGCAAAUAGAAAGACUCUAACCCACCAAUUAGAAUGUGGCUUAUAUUAUUUGACUCUGUUAUAACCCCAAUCCUUCUAGGAUCUUCUUCUUGCAGUGAAAAAUGGGGCCCCCUUAACAAUUUAAAAUAUACAUCAUGGGAUAAAAGAACAGAAAUGUCCCAAACCUAGCCUGUAGGGCACAACUUGGGAGAUUGCCCCUAGCACUCAAAAUUGAGAAAAAAAGACACCAAAUUCUGGACUCACCUAACACACUGUGAUCCAGAACAUUAUCAUCAUAAGGCUUUCUUAUGCAAACACCACAACCUAGAGUGACCCUUUAGAGCAACUGGCCCAAAAGCGCUAGUUAAAUUCAACCCUUCGACCACAAAUAACAAAAUUCAAACAAAUAGAAAUCUGUAACCAAAAUACAUACACUAAUUAUUGGCAAAACAAAAUUCAAUUUAAUCACAAAAUUCAAUGUUACCAAAUUCUAAAUAGAGAUAUCAAAAACCUUGUCAAAAUCAAAGAAUUCAAACAAAGGAAGACAUUACAAUGUACAGACUCAGUGACCAUAGCCUGGCAAUAGAGAGAGGACACCAUAGAAAGACAAGGCCUGUCAUAAUAUAAGAGAGACAAUAGCGCCCACCAUGUCAUACACAUGAGCCCUUGUAGAUUUCAUUUCUCAAUUGUUGAUGUUUGUUGUCUAUUUUGUGGAUUAUUAUUCAUGUAUAAUUGUUUUAGUUGAUGUAUAUAUUUUUAUUGUUGCUCAAACAUAUUGUUCAUUUAUGUAAUACAUCAUAUAUAUUGCUUUGGCAACAGUGGCAACCACCCAUUCAUACCAAUAAAACAUGUAUUGAAUUGAAUAAAGAGAGAGAGAGAAAGAUGGAGAAGGGAGCUAAAUAUAUUUCAUGUUCACCAAAGUUGCCCCAGACCUGGAGAGCUCCUGGGUUUGCAGGCUUUUGCUCCAGCCCUACAUAAUCACAUCUUAUUCAGAUAAUCAAGGGCUUGAGGAACAGCUGAUUUGUAUAAUUUGGUGUAGGGCCAGGAUUCAAUCCUAUUGCCCAUUGUUGACAAUGCGCAUUUAAAGGUAAUGUUCCCGCAUUCACGGAGAUUACAUUCACUUUCAACACUGCGGAUGGUGGCUCAAUCAGAAAUUACCUUACCUUUAAAAGGUGCAUUGUCGGCAGUGCUCCACAGAUUGUAUCCCAGCCUAAGUCUCUAUGUGAGAGUCCAGGCAGUGUAGAUAGGGACUGGGUGACCAUGGUCAACCUGAGGAACUCAUAUAGGUGAAGUCUCUGUCCUCAACCCCCAACCCCACUCAGUGAAAUGUGUGUGUGAGCCUGGGCUCCACUUUCCCUGGAUCCCUCCCUUAUCUCUCACCCCCCCUCACACACACACCACACAAACACACCCUGUCUGCCGCCAGUUGAGUCCCCCGCGGCCCGGCAGAAGCAAACAGAUCGAUACACCCGAGCUGGGCCGCAUUAAUAUCUGUCGCUCCACCCCCGACCCCAGCACCCGCUCAACACCCCAGCACACACACAUACGCAGAAACACACACACCCUCACACACUAAGAGGGGCAUAUACUCUACACACACACCAGCGGCGGAAAUGGCCCCUGGCUCACGCAGGAUCUGUCUAUUUUAAAAGGGGGGAAGGAGGAGGUAGAGAGAGAGAGAGAGAGAGAGAGAGAGAGAGAGAGAGAGAGAGAGAGAGAGAAAGCAGGAUGUAUUCUCUCAUUGGAGGCCCUGUCUACUGGCCUGGCCUGGCUGAUAAUGCUGGAGAGAAGCAGAGAGAUAGAUAGAGGGAGCAGAGAGAGAUAUAGAGAGAGACCAGGACUAAGCCUAUAGCAGCGAGAGUUAGAUAUAGUCGAUAGCUUUCCAAGUUUGGGCAGUUUCUGAUCUUUUUUGAGAGAGAUAGGAUAAACGGGGGCAGAGAGAGGAGAGAAGAGAUGAGAAUAGGGAAGUUCUCCUAUUAUGGAAUAAAGGCAAAGACUUCCCGUUGCCUGAGGUUUCGGUUUUCCAUGAUUGCUCUCUCUCUAUUCAUCUCCUUUUCUCUCUCUCCUUAUCAAUUCUCCAUAUCUGUUGCUCUCUCUCUAUCCAUCAGUGUGUGCGUGCGUGCGUCUCUGUUUUGAGAGUGUUUCCGAUGGGUGUGUCUCUUCAUUGCAUGUGUGUGCUUAUUUAUGUGCAGGCCUGUGUGUUUGUUUCUAGAGUGUCAGGAUUAUGAACGGGAGGUGUCCAUAGUGUUCUGCAGUUAUAUGGAGUGAACGUCUGUGUCCCAAAUGGCAUCCUAUUCCCGGGCACUACUUUUGACCAGAGCGCCACAUAGGGAAUAGGGUGCCAUUUGGGACACAGCCAAUAUGAGUGUGAAUAGUGCUGAGAAGUCUACUUAGCAGGGUGUUUAGGAGGUACCAGCAGAGCUAAGCACGUAUCCUCUACUUAUAUCACAAAAGCAAGCACUUUCCUAUUCUACUGUUCCACUCCAGUUUGGGCUAAAGCUUAAAUGCUCCCCAUGCAUUUAGAUUGAAAUGGGGAAAAUAUACUUUUAGAAUGAGAUAUAAGCUGUAGGAAAUGAAAUGUAUAGUGUAUAGUAUGUAUAGUAUUUCUUUUUCCCUUGAGUUGAACAAGUUAUGUAGAGAAUCACACAGUGGAACUAGUGGAUACUAAACUCUCCCCCUCUAUAGAUCUGCUGCGGGUGCGCCAGGAUGCCCUGGCAGCAGUGAGGAACACAGGGGGUAUGGAAGCCCACCUCCCCUCAGCAGGCAGCUCGUCAAGCCAGAGACGCAAGCAGGGCCUGCCCCAGCACCGAGACGCCCAUUAUACCGAGAGGUAGGCCUGGCUAACGUACACAGGGAUUCAGACACGCAGAUAGAUACAAACACACUGCAACCCAACGGUCUCCCUGGAAGCAUCCCCACUGCCCUGCAAACACAGGGAAGUGGUGAUGGAAUAUUCUCCAAUACAUUUAUAUUUUAGUCAUUUAGCAGACGUUGUUAUCCAGAGUGACGUACAGUAGAGUGUAUACAUUUGUUGUAUUUUUCGUACUGGUCCCCCUGUGGGAAUCGUACCCACAACCCUGGCGUUGCAAGCACCAUGCACUUCCAACUGAGCCACACAGGACCACAUAAAGCCUUCAUCCUCUUCUUAUACAGGUCCAUACUGCACGUGUGUGUGUGUGUGUGUGUGUGUGUGUGUGUGUUGUGUGUGGUGUGUGUGUGUGUGUGUGUGUGUGUGUGUGUGUGUGUGUGUGUGUGUGUGUGUGUGUGUGUGUGUGUGUGUGUGUGUGUGUGUGUGUGUGUGUGUGUGUGUGUGUGUGUGUGUGUGUGUGUGUGUGUGUGUGUGUGUGUGUGUGUGUGCGCGCGCGCACCUCCCAAAGCCAGGGCAGCGGGAGUGGCCGGGUAAUUGCUUGUCGAUUAUUUAUGUGGCGCGGGGAGAGGCGGGCAAUCGAUAAUGGGCCGGCGGGGCGGCAGCAGAGGGGCUGAGGGGAGGUGUGUGUGUUUGAAGGGGGUGUGGGUGGGGAGAGUUAAGCAGGAAGCGGAGCGGCCCAGGGAGGGAGUGUGUGUAGGUGGGAGGUGGGGGUUAUGCGGGUUCUAUUUCCAAGCCUGGCGUCCUAUGUGUGUGUGUGUAUUUGUGUAUAGUGUGUGUGUGUGCAUGCAUAUAUGUGUGUAUGUUGUAUGCAUAUGUGUGUGUGUUUGUGAGUGCAAAGUAUGUGUGUGCGUGCGUUUGCGUGUGUGUGUGUGAAGCCCAGCAGUGCAUGUAGCUGUGGUCAGUGAGCCGCGGCGGUUCUCCGCCUGCAUAGAGAGUAAUUAGCCACACAGGACCAGGGGAUGUUAACUAGCCCUGUGCACACUGCUCUACCGCCCUCCAUACAUCCAUCCAUUCAUUCACCCUCAGCUCUCUCAUCCCUCCAACAAUCCCUCUCUCUUCCUUCCUCCCUCUCUCCCUUCCUCUCUGCCUCCCUCCCUCUCUAUAUCUUCCUUACUCCUCCAUUUAUCUUUAACUCUUUCUCUCGUACUAAAUUCUAAAGGAAUUUUGAGUAAAGAAAAGGAGGGUUAACGAAGAAAAUGUGUUGGACUGCCCUUCUCUCACUGUGUGUGUGUGUGUGUGUGUGUGUGUGUGUGUGUCCAGGUCACAUUUUCUCAUUGACAUUGUUAAAGGACAGGAGAAGUGUGGGCUGCCCUUGCCCCUCAUAAAACACUGCCCACCAGGGUCAAAGAGAGCUGGAGAGAGAGAGGAGAGGGAGGGGGAGAGGUGGAGAUAGGUGGAGAGAGGGAAAGAGAGAGAGAGGAGGGUGAGACGGAAGCCAUUGCUCCAGGAAGCUCACCUUUCCAUCGACCCCCCAUCAUUGAUUAUCUAAGGCCCAUUAGGGCCUAUUGUUAAAAACAAAUCAUUAGGUGGAUCGAUAGACUUAGAGCCUGGCUUUCCAUUUGUCUGGCCUUAAAUGGCAGAUCACUUUUAGGGCUUCAUCCCAAAUGGCACCCUAUUCCCUAUAUAUAGCGCACUACCUUUGACCAGGGCCCUAUAUAGUGCACAAAAGUAAUGCACUAAAUAGGGAAAAGAGUGCCAUUUGGGACUUAGACUCACUAUCUGCAAGGCAAAUCCAACUGUUUGGCAUGGGAGCAGAAACAGGAGAGACAGAGGUCUGCCUAGGGAGAGGGACAGCAGAGAGAGAUGGUGAUACAGAAAGGUAGAGGGAGAGAGAUGGUGAUACAGAAAGGUAGAGAGAUGGUGAUACAGAAAGGUAGAGAGAUGGUGAUACAGUAAGGGUGAGAGAUGGUGAUACAGUAAGGUAGAGAGAUGGUGAUACAGAAAGGGAGAGAGAUGGUGAUACAGUAAGGGUGAGAGAUGGUGAUACAGAAAGGGUGAGAGAUGGUGAUACAGAAAGGAUGAGAGAUGGUGAUACAGACAGGGAGAGAGAUGGUGAUACAGAAAGGGAGAGAGAUGGUGAUACAGUAAGGGAGAGAGAUGGUGAUACAGUAAGGGUGAGAGAUGGUGAUACAGAAAGGUAGAAGGAGAGAGAUGGAGGAAAAGAAGAGAGCGAUGAGUUUGAGGAAGAUGAAGGGGAAAAGGGGAGGAGAAAAGGAGAUAGGGAUGGAGAGGAGAGAUAAAAAAAAUUAAAAAAAUAAAGAGAAAGAAAGAAUGAUAGAAAGAGAAGGCGAGUUAGAGAAGGAGAGAGAAGGAGAAAGAUAGGGAGAGAGUGAGAUGGACAGCGAGAAAGAGAGAGAGGAGCAGGGAGAGAAAUAGAGAGAAGGAGUGAGAGCGAGGAGUGAGAUAAGCAGGGAGAGAAACAGAGAGAGAGGGAGCCACAUCCAUUUUAAUGAGCUUCCUGUGUAAAUGUGUUCCCGUCGAGUGAGAGCUGAAGGCGGCCACACGGAGCUCCUAAUCCCCCCAUGCUCCCGUCAUUAAGGGCAGCCUUGUCACACACACACACACACACACACAAUAUGCAGCCAUUUACUAUUAAACACACCAAUAUGACCACAGGCACACACACACACACAAUAAUGUGCAAUGCGCGUACACAUGCACGCAUGUACACACACACGUACACACAUACACACACACACACUGCCCCGCUGUGGGAAGGGGCCGCUGUCGCCACUCUGACAGGUCGUCACACACGAGUGAAUUCCCCAGGAGCCCAUGGCCUCUCUGCAGGCGUGGAGAGAGAGAGAGAGAGAGAGAGAGAGAGAGAGAGAGAGAGAGAGAAAUGGGAAGGGUUUGUGAUGUUACUAGUGCUAGCUACAGAGAGACACACACACAUUGAAGAGAGAGAUUGCUCAAAUGUAAUAUUGUGUUCUGUGACUGUGAAAGUGUUUGGAAGAUGCUAUAUUAUUGUGUUGUUAGAUUCUUGUAAAAAUAUUAUAUAUUGUUGAUAAAAUACUGAAAAUAUGUUUAUGGUUAUACACUGAGUGUACAAAACAUUAGGAACACAUAGAUUGACCAGGUUAACGCUAUGAUCCCUUAUUAAUGUCACUUGUUAAAUCCACUUCAAUCAGUGUAGAUGAAGGGGAGGAGACGGGUUAAAGAGGGAUUUUUUAGCCUUGAGACAAUUGAGACGUGGAUUGUGUAUGUGUGCUAUUCAGAGGGUGAAUGGGCACGACAAUGAUAAGUGCCUUUGAACAGGGUAUGGUAGUAGGUGCCAGGCGCACCGGUUUGAGUAUGUCAAGAACUGCAACGUUGCUGGGUUUUUUACGCUCAACAGUUUCCUGUGUGUAUCAAGAAUGGUCCACCACCCAAAGUACAUUCAGCCAACUUGACACAACUGUGGGAAGCAUUGGAGUCAACAUGGGCCAGCAUCCCUGUGGAACGCUUUCAACACCUUGUACAGUCCAUGCCCCGAUGAAUGAAGGCUGUUCUGAGGUUAAAAGGGGGUGCAACUCAAUAUUAGGAAGGGAUUACUAAUGUUUUGUGUAUGCGAGUUUGAAACAAUAACCUACACACACAGGCAGACACGCAUGCACACACACACACACACCACACACACAGGGCCCAUGCAAGGAGCACACCGGUUAAUAGCUGCCUCCUUCUCCCCAAAUUGCUUCCUAUAAAAGGAGAGAGAGCACGUCUGGCUCCCCCUCUCUCUCUCUCCCUCACUCUCUCCCCCACCCUUUUCCCUCAGUCUCUCCCUUGCUCCUUUCCCCCAUGAUUAGGCCUAAUUAUGGUGCAGCGGACGCCUGGCGGCCUCAGUCAUGCAGCUUUAAUUGACCGUUAUUCAUCUCCGGGCUAGCACUAACGCUAGGCUAGGCGGCAAGGGGGAGGAGGUGAAAUGAAUGGGGGUUUGGCAUGCAGGGGUCCUAGCCUAGCGUAGCUGUUCGCGGCCCAGGCUAAUUGCUAGCCCCGAGGGAUUAGGCCAGGUGAUUACACACUGGGCGGUGUAAUUACAUAAGCAGCAGCGGGCCCAGGCUAGCGAGCCCCGGGGUCACGCGGCCCCGGCCCUUCCCCAAGAUUAAUUGGAGCUGCCAUCGGAGUGCGAGGCUCCGCCAGAGAGAGCGGUUAUACGAUUAGCAUUAACAUUUCAGCGGCGGGCCUGCGAUCGAUGAAUGGUCCCACCCUUGUUGUUGGCUCGGUGUGUGAACCCCCCUCGCUGUUCCUCUUUCUCUCUCUCUUUCUCCAUCUCCCCCGUAUCUCUCCCUCCCUCUCUCUCUCUCGCCGCUGUAUGUGUAAGGGCAGAGACAUGCAGGCGCAAGUUGAUUUUCAUCACAACCGUUCCAAAACAAUAGCUGUCGUCCCAUUCAAAUGUGGGUAUUUUUUGGUUGUAUUCACCACCAUGAUGUCCUUAUGUGUACUGCAUAUCAGUCACAUCUCCAAAGCAGCAAACUGAUGACAUUUGGCCCGAUUGCACAUGAUUGAGUGUGUGCGUGUCCAUGCGUGUGUUCGUGUGUGUGCGUGUGCAGGAAAAGGCCAAAUGGUUUCGCGGGAGACAGAUCGACCAAAUCAACAGAUCACCACACACUCCCAGUACACUGUGACACUUCCACAUUCUCCCUGAAACACAUCAAGCUGAAGAACAUAUUCUUAUUUCUCCCCUCUUCCUUCCUUCCAUCCACCAACACCUCUUUUCCUCCUACCUCAAAUUCCCCCGUUUCCCCUGUUCAUUUGGGACAAGAGGCAGACCAAGGAGUACAACAGAGAGAAGGAGAGAGAGGGACAGAAAGAAAGAGAGAGAGGAGCUUUUCUUUGCUCAGAAAGAGGACAAAAGGAGAAGUACAUAAUAGAGCGGCCUUUUCAUAAAUAGGGUUUGCAGGACACGGCCGCCUUUUCACUGGCUCAAUACGGCCCGGAGUCGUAGAGAGGCAGAAGGGGCGGAAAAAAAGGACCGAAGGGAGGAGGAUGAGUGUUAAUUAGAAGGUCCUUCAGCCCGUGGCCCCAGUCGAGACGCGGGGGCCGCCCCAGCUGUCGGAACAUGACACACUCCUAUUGUGUAUUCAGCCCUCAUUAUGUAAGUGUGGGUGUGGGUGUGUUUGUGUGCGAGUGUGUGUGUAUGUGGGAGUAUGCGUGUGUGUGGUUGAGUAGGAGGGGAACGGAGGGAGGCUAAAGCUCAGGGUACAAACAUGGCCAGCGGCGGUCUUUGCGGCGUGGCAAGACUGACGAGGUGGCUAUGGCGACACUGGAGCCUCCAGUGCCUGUAGUUAUAAAUAAACCGGGAGGAGAGCGUGUAGCUAGCCAGGGCUCAGUUACCAAAAUACACCACAAACCUGGUCCUGGAGACCCACUAUAGAUACAGGCUUUCACCUCAAACCAUCAUCCUCACUGCUAUACACUAUAUAGUACUGUUACGAAACCAACUAGAUAGUGAUUAAGUCUACUCACCCUAUGUCUAGAGGUUCUAGGCCUCACUAACUGUUCCAUAACCUGUCUGAAUGUAUGCAUUUAAUGUGAAAGUAAGAGCUUAAUAUUCCAGUGAAAAAAUCUGGUUGAGAGUCCAUGUCAGUUAUGGUCCCAUUUGUUUAAUUGUUUGAGUGUAGCUUUUACUGUUUAUUUCUGUUGGUUUAACACCAUAACUGCCAUAGGCCAACAACCACUGAUGUUUGACAUUGCUCAGUUGUCUGAAUGUUUUAAUCACAAACAGAAAAGUAUUUUACCUGUUUACCAGUAUUUCCCCCACACCAAUUACUACCUUAAAGGCCCAGUGCAGUCAAAAACGUUUAUAUAUAUAUUUUCAGUUCUGCCCACACAUUUUAUAUAAGAUUGAGGUCAGGGCUUUGUGAUGGCCACUCCAAUACCUUCAAUUUGUUGUCCUUAAGCCAUUUUGCCACAACUUUGGAAGUAUGCUUGGGGUCAUUAUCUAUUUGGAAGAACCAUUUGCGACCAAGCUUUAACUUCCUGACUGAUGUCUUGAGAUGUUGCUUGAAUAUAUACACAUAAUUUUCCUUCCUCAAGAUGCCAUCUAUUUUAUGAAGUGCACCAGUCCCUCCUGCAGCAAAGCACCCCCACAGCAUGAUGCUGCCACCCACGUGCUUCACAUUUGGGAUGGUGUUCUUAGGCUUGCAAGCCUUCCCACUUUUUCAUCCAAACAUAACGAUGGUCAUUAUGGCCAAAUAGUUAUAUUUUUGUUUCAUCAGAACAGAGGAUAUUUCUCCAAAAAGUACAAUCUUUGACCCCAUGUGCAGUUGCAAACCAUAGUCUGGCUUUUUUAUGGCGGUUUUGGAGCAGUGGCUUCUUGCUUGCUGAAGUGGAUAUGCUAAUGUGGAUAUAGAUACUUUUGUACCUGUUUCCUCCAGCACCUUCACAAGGUCCUUUGCUGUUGUUCUGGGAUUGAUUUGCACUUUCCGCACCAAAGUACGUUCAUCUCUAGGAGACAGAACGCGUCUCCUUCCUGAGCGGUAUGACGGCUGCGUGGUCCCAUGAUGUUUAUACUUGCGUACUAUUGUUUGUACAGAUGAACUUGGUACCUUCAGGCGAUUGGAAAUUGCUCCCAAGGAUGAACCAGACUUGUGGAGGUCAACAACAAAAAAAUCUGAGGUCUUGGCUGAUUUCUUUUGAUUUUCCUAUGAUAUCAAGCAAAGAGGCACUGAGUUUGAAGGUAGGCCUUGAAAUACAUCCACAGGUACACCUCCAAUUGACUCAAAUGAUGUCAAUUAGCCUAUCAGAAGCUUCUAAAGCCAUGACAUCAUUUUCUGGAAUUUUCCAAGCUGUUUAAAGGCACAGUCAACUUAGUGUAUGUCAACUUCUGACCCACUGGAAUUGUGAUACAGUGAAUUAUAAAUGAAAUAAUCUGUCUAUAAACAAUUGUUGGAAAAAUUACUUGUGUCAUGCACAAAGUAGAUGUCCUAACAAACUUGCCAAAACUAUAGUUUGUUAACACAAAAUUUGUGGAGUGGUUGAAAAACUAGUUUUUAUGACUCCAACCUAAGUGUAUGUAAACCUCCGACUUUCCGCAAAUAUUUCUUUAUGCAAUUAAUUCUUAAAUUUUUGUUAUGCACCAUUUAUCAUUGCCUGGCUACCCAUCCACAUCGCUCCAGCCAACUGAUGUCUCUUCUCCACGAUGAGUCUGGAUUUGCCUCCCUCCCCAACAAUUUCUAGAAUGUGAACACAUUCUGAUCAUUCUGAUUGGUGCCAGAAACUGAUGGGUUGGGCCAGAGCCGGCCUACAUGAUGACGUUAUCAACUUUGAUACUCUGAUUAGUUAGAUUUGUUAGAGACGAUCCAAUCGCUGAGGAAUUUGUUUUGUACAACGUGCCUCAUUUUGAAUUCAAGCAAACAACUUCUAGGAUGGAAGUUUUAGAAUGAAUGUAUAUAGCGAUCGAUAGAGCAGUGAGUUGUCAGGCUUUGGCACUCAUGUUUACGGCAAAUAAUUUGACUGUUUUACUUACUAUAAUUCUAUUACUAUUUUAAUUUACAAAUAAAACUGAUCAAAUUGUUGCGUUUUUUAUUGUAAGGGAAACUAAAAUAUGCUAUGUGUUGCACUAUGCCAUUGUAGAAUAAUAAAUGCAUUUUAUGUACGUCAAAAUAUACAAUUAUUUAAAAGAAACAAAAUAUUCUUAAGACAUGACUACAUUCAAUAAAAAAACAUUUUUGAUGGUCUUUAUUUAGGUUGAUAAAAACAAAGUUGAUUAAUCUGAUGCAUAUGCUAAAGUGGGCACCCGACAGCGUUCUCUAGCAGCUACUUAGGCUGAAAGGGUUAGCGGUUCUAGUGUUAAAUGUGGUGUGUUUUUGUUUGUGUGUGUCUACAGGGAAAUGUCCCAUCCCCCACCUCUGCUGUCCCCCCAGAACGCCUCUCACAUCGCGUUGGGACCCCACCUGCGGCCACCCUUCCUGGGCAUGCCCUCUACCCUGUGCCAGGCCCCAAGUAAGUCAGAUGCGAAUGCUAGCAGGUUAUCUACAGAAAUUAAUAUAGCGCCUACACUUAUUAAUGGUGAGUUAGGGCUGGAUUCAAUCCGUACGUGGAGCUUCUGCGAUACAGAUUGAAUAGAUGCUAAUAAAAAUCAGAAACGAUUGGCCUAUGGUAGACACUUACAACAGCAUUCGCUGCAUUCCCACAAAAAUUGGGAAAUGGGAAAAUGUUCAAUGGAAUUCAUGUCUUUUGUGUCUUUUGACUGUCUUGAUAGAGACUUUCAUCAUCUAAAGAAUGUAUUUGUAUCUGAUUCUUUGUGAGGCAUUAAUAUUAAACAGGGGGUCUAUGUCAUUGUAUUUUAAUACCCCAUGUAUAUUGUAUGUCAGAAAUCUCUUAAUGAGUGUGUGUGCUCAUCUGUGUGUUUUUUAUGCAUUUCCCUCAGGCUAUGGUUUCCUCCAGCCUGCCCAAGCUGAGAUGUUUGCCCGGCAACAGGAGAUGCUUCGGAAGCAGAACCUGGCCAGGUUUGUCAUUGUCUUCUAGUGCUGUUGUGUGUGUGUGUGUGUUUGAUGUCAAGGCUGUAGCUUAAUGUGUGUGUCUAUGUAUUUAAAUUAUGUUUUCGUAUGUGUGAUAACAUUGUCUCUAACCUCUCUCCUCUAUGUCCGGUCCCAGGUUGGAGAUGUCAGCAGAGUUGCUCAGACACAAGGAGCUGGAGAGUCUCCAUAGGCAGCAGCGUGUGCUGGGGAACUCCGACCCCCUGGGCCUAGCCCACGGCCUCCCCCUGGACCACCCUGCCCUGCGCAGCCUCCACCACCUGCCCGAGGGACAUCCCAUCCACGAGGAACUCAGCCGACGCCAAAACGCCAUGCUGGUGCUCCGACACACCAACACCCCCCUGCUCUCCCUCAACCAUCAUGGGCCCUCGGGGGACACAACGCCCAAAAACACCCAGGGACAAAGCUCCGGGGCUCAGGCUGGAUCGAGGAAGGGAGGCUCCCGGAAAGGCCCACAGCAACCCAGAGGGGGAGAGCACCAAGAAAGGGAAUGCCGAGGGAGGGAGGGAGACGCGGACGGUCACAAUGAUGAGAUGAAGGACUCGGACAGCGAGACGGAGAUGGGCGAGGAUAGGCACCAGGGCUUGGGUGGCAAGGCCAACGAGGGGCAUGGGCUUCACAGGGACAGGGGGAAAGAGAGUAGCAGGAAGGGGGGGUGUGACGGUGCCAAGGAGGCGGGCGAGGGCUCGGGUCGGCUCAGUGCCCCCUGUAGCUCGGCGGAUGCAGAUUCACCACCUAGCCACCACCUCUUCACCCCAGGGCUGAGCAAGAGCGAUGUUAAGUACCACUUUCCACCUAGCGCCAUGCCCCCUCUGCAAGGACUCCACGGCCAGUCUCUGCCCUUUGGAUUCCCCUACACCAGCCCCUACUUUCACACCGGUGAGUAACACACACACACACACACACACACACACACACACACACACACACACACCAAUCAACUGCAUCACACUUAAAUGUCACUCUGAUUGAAACCUGUGAAUGUUAUUUGGCUAGCCAUGCAACCAGCCUUAAUGGGAGAUAGCAUGCUAGCUAACAACGGCUGCAUUCGAGAGAAGUGGUAUGCAACGAUAACAGCUAAAUACAAUCUCAGUGAUUGUUCAAACAACAGACCAAAUAACAGCAGAUUUUUUUUUAUAUACAUUUGUUCAGAAGUAAUCACUAUCCAGUAAAUGUAGGCUAUUUUGCUUUCCCCAAUUGGUUGGUGUGGUUUGUAAAUUUCUCUGGCCUUGUAUGAUUGAUAGAUCCUGGUUCAUCAUUAGCUUCAGUCACAUUGAGUUACUGUCUAGAGUUAGAUUCAAUGCAUUGCUGGCAUUCCUCUGCUCUCUGUGGUGAUAUACAAUAUUUGGCAGAAAAUUCAGCAGGUUGGUGUUUAUUGUCAUAAGUCUUGUCCUGGAGGCAGAACUGAGCAAUUUCCCCUUAGAUAGGCCAGCUGCAAAGUCAGAAUUGGCUAUAUUGUACAAAUUCAUGUUUUAUUUUAUUUAUUUAAGGUUAGGGUUAUGCAUUAGGGUUGGCGGUGAGGUUAGGGUUAAGUUUAGGGUUAUGUUUAAAAUCUAACCUGGGAAUAUUCACAUUGUAAAUAGAGAAAGGGGAAUCUCAUUAUGUAAUAUUGUUGUGGCGCUAUGAAGGCAGGAGUGCAUCCCCCCCCGCCCCCACCCCAAAAAAAAAAAAAACAACAAAAAAAAACAUUGUAAAGUGGUUAUCCCACUGGCUAUAAGGUGAAUGCACAUAUUUGUAAGUCGCUCUGGAUAAGAGCAUCUGCUAAAUGACGUAAAUGUAAAUGUAAAUGAGUGCGUUCAAUUGGGUUCAACGUUUGCCAUGUUGCAUGACGGUUUGUAUUGAACGACACAUUUCCCCAAAACGGUGCGUUCUUCAAAGGCCUCUGAGGUAUGUUUGUUCCCGUCUGGUGGGUGUGGCCUGAUCAAUAUGGGUGUGACCAUUUCAAAUCUCAAAACUCGUGCAGCACACCAUACACAAUCUUCCCCUGGGCCACCAUAAUCACGUUCUUCUUCAACUGGUCGUUCAGUACAGUACCGUUUCUGUUUAAUUAAACGUUGAACACCGUUCUGUCGUACUGAACACACCCCAGGACUCAUGGGUAGGGCCAUGUGUUUUGGUGCACUUUUUGAGGCACUUUGCUUUUACCGGUAUUUCCAUCGUUAUCCACUAUUGUUACAGCAAGUAGAAAAUCUUAGGACAUUUUCUUUGAUUGACACAAGCUGUCUCCAAUCAAUCAAUCAAUCAAUGCCUGGUUGUGCGUGUUUGGCGGGUGGAUGGCCUUAGCCAGGGGAGGCAUAGCUCUGCGAAUCUUAAUCGCACAAAAUCUAUUAUUUGGCAGGGAAUACUACUUGUAGAUCAGUGAUUCUGCACCUCCCUUUGCUCAAUCUGAUCCUCUCCAACGGAGUCAGAAGUUGUAGCUAAAAAUGGGUCAACCAGGUAGUAAGGGUAGGUAACAACACAUCCGCCACGCUGAUCCUCAACACGGGGGCCCCUCAGGGGUGCGUGCUCAGUCCCCUCAUGUACUCCCUGUUCACUUAUGACUGCAUGUCCAGGCACGACUCCAACACCCUCAUUAAGUUUGCCGGUGACACAACAGUGGUAGGCCUGAUCACCGACAACGACGAUACAGCCUAUAGGGAGUAGGUCAGAGACCUGGCCGUGUGGUGCCAGGACAACAACCUCUCCCUCAACAUGAUCAAGACAAAGGAGAUGAUUGUGGACUACAGGAAAAAGAAGAGGACCGAGCACGCCCCCAUUCUCAUCGACGGGGCUGUGGUGGAGCAGGUUGAGAGCUUCAAGUUCCUUGGUGUCCACAUCACCAACAAACUGACAUGGUCCAAGCACACCAACAUUUACAUUUACAUUUACGUCAUUUAGCAGACGCUCUUAUCCAGAGCGACUUACAGAAGACAGUCGACAAAACCUAUUCCCCCUAAGGAGACUGAAAAGAUUUGGCAUGGGUCCUCAGAUCCUCAAAAGGUUCUACAGCUGCAUCAUCGAGAGCAUCCUGACUGGUUGCAUCACUGCCUGGUAUGGCAACAGCUCGGCCUCCGACCUCAAGGAACUACAGAGGGUAGUGCGUACGGCCCAGUACUUCACUGGGGCCAAGCUUCCUGCCAUCCAGGACCUCUAUACCAGGCGAUGUUAGAGGAAGGCCCUAAAAAGUGUCAAAGACUCCAGCCACCCUAGUCAUAGACUCAACUCUCUGCUACCGCACGGCAAGCGGUACCGGAGCGCCAAGUCUAGGUCCAAGAGGCUUCUAAACAGCUUCUACCCCCAAGCCAUAAGACUCUGAACAUCUAAUCAAAUGGCUACCCAGUCUCUCGGAUGGCCUUAGGCACCAUCCCAUUUCUGACACUAGUGUAGCAAAUUCAGGGGGUAGCCCUGAACGGGACUCGAAUCCGAAUCCAGUGAAUGUCAAGCCAACGCCUUAACCGUUACGCCAAGAGGUUUCGGACCCCAAAUUCGCUGAAAUAUACUGUAGUUCCAUGGUUGGUUUCAUUGACUCUCCGGAGGACAUUUGAAUUCACCCUAGCUUAAACUCGCAAAUACACACAGAAUCGAACCUUCACAUUAGAGCAACUCUGUUUGGGUUAAUUAGAAACCUGGUUUUAGUUGUCUGUGUCUAAUGACUGUCAUUAAAUAGAGAGAUUUGAAUGUUUGAAAACACAGACAGAAACUGCAUAGGGAAGCAGAGGCAAAACAGGCAGUUUCACAGUAGGAGCCAACACACACGCACCUACGUACCUAGACACACACACACACACACACACACACACUCACCCUUGGGCAGGCAUAUGAAAGACAUUAGCAGUACUCUCUCUGUGUCUCCAGCGUGGAGACCUCCCCCUGGAAGGGGCCCUGCCACUGACCACCCCUGACCCCUCUACACACAGGGUUAUCACCACAACCAUGCGGAAGAAGAGUUGAAGGGGUGGGGGUGGUGGGAUGGAGAGGGAGAGGAGAGAAAAUAAAAAAGAGAGAGGGGGAAGUUAGGCACAACAGUGAGAAUUAGAAAACAUGGAUCAAAUACACUUUGAAACGUGAUAUGAAAUAUUCUUAAAUGCAAACAUUUUUAAAUGCAAUUAAAUAUCAUGUCCAUGUCCAUUUUAUUUAUUUCAGAACAACCAUGAGGACAAAACAAUAGUCAGAGAGCAAAAGUGUGUGUGGGAAAGAGAAUAGCGAGAUUUGGAUAACGAGAUUGAGAAGUAAUUAAACUGAGAAAUGUGUGUAUGCUAGCUGCUGGUCGAGGUCUGUCCUGGGUCGUAUUCAUCAGGCACCAAAUGGAAUAAAACGGACUGAAACAGGGAGAGAAUGACCUGAACAUGCCCAUUAAGAAACACUCAUUUUCGUCCACUGUAAAACAUUUUUGCACCUUAAAUGAAUAUGACUUGGUGAUUUACAACCCCCUUCUACCCUCUCAUAGGCGGUAUGGGAGGUAUGUUCAUGGACGGCGAGGACUCAGCGGUGCCCCCAGUGGAGGACAUCAGAAAGUGGUGUGUGGAGGAGGUGUGUGGCUUCGUGGGCAGCCUGGCCGGCUGUGCCGAGUACACCCAGGUAAGGACCAGAGCAGGAGGGCAGGGGUCUGGUUUAUCCCACCCUUUCAACCAGAGAGAGAGAGAGAGGGAGAGAGGGAACAGGGUCGGGCUGGUGGAAGAGCAGUGUAGGGCUUUGGGACCAGAGUAUCUAACAUUGUCACCUCAAUCAGAAGUUCUACUAUUAGUAUAGUAGAGUUGGUUUCUAGUAGAUUCUAUAGUUAUAAGACCACUGUUAUCUCUCACAGCACCACAGUCCCCUUAAUGUUAAACACACACACACACUGUUGGAAGAUUGAGAGUGGUGUGAGUAUGCAUGCAAGCUCUGUGUGAGGGUGUAUGCAUGAGUUUGUGCGUGUGUAUGAGUGUGUGUGUGUGUGUGUGUGUCUCGGCUCUGGCUGAAGUGGCUGUGUCUCUCCUGAAGGUGUUUCGGGAGCAGGCCAUCGACGGAGAGACCCUCCCGCUGCUCACGGAGGAGCACCUGCUCAACAUCAUGGGACUGAAGCUGGGCCCCGCGCUCAAGAUACGCUCUCAGGUACACACCACUGACUGGCCACACACUCAGGACCAUCACCUCAGGAGUGUGUGUGCGCAGCCUCAAAGUUGGUAUUUUUUUGUAUGAGUAGACUGUUCUUGUGUAAGUAAACCUCAAGUGUGUGUGUUUGUGUGAGUGUGUUUGUGAGUGCUGGAAGCUAGUAGUGCAUUGUAGUUAGCCAAAGCAGAUAGAUAGCGUAGCGCCUAAACGUGAGGCCCGUUGUCGGUGCACAGGUUGUCAGGUAUGCCAUACUGUAGCCCUUAACCCUCUCCUCUCUCUCAGGCUGGUGAUACAGUAGAACACUAGGACAUGGGCUACGUCCCAAAUGUCACCCUAUUCCCUACAUAGUUCACUACUUUUGACCAGGACCCAUAGGGCUCUGGUCAUAAGUACUGCACCAUAUAGGAAAUAGGGUGCCAUUUCGGACGUAGCCUGUGGGCUGAGCAGCUCUAACCUCGGCGUGUGGCGUUCUCUCUCUCUCUCCUCAGGUGGCACGGCGUGUUGGCAGAAUCUUCUACAUGACCAGCUUCCCGCUGGCGCUCCCGCUGCCGCCAUCUGCCUUGCGCCCCCCGGACAGGGACCCCCUGCCGUCCGACACCCCCCUGGCGCUCCCACUGCGGCCCCUCUCCGCCGCAAGCAGCAGCUCCUCCCCCUACAGCGGCCCCCCACCCCCCUGUCACUCCUCCCCCAAGCAAGAGAAUGCCAACGGCUCUGUGUCGGGGGGCUACGAGGGGGUC